AAAAAAUAUAUAUAUUGUGUUAGACUAGCGAUCUAAUGUUUUCUUCGAUUGAAUAAAACUUUGCUGAAGACAAAGAUAAAAUUCGAUAAACGUGUACCUGCUCUUUACAAAGAACAAGAUUUCAAUAUGCCACCAAAACGAACUCCAAAGGCAAAGAUUGAUUCUCCCAAAGUUAAAUCUGGUAAGAAAACAGAUGCAUUGAAUAAAUCUAAAGCUUCUAACAAAAAGCGUGUAAAUGAUACCAAUGAUGAACCUGCACCAAAGAGGGCAAAAAUUGAAUCAAAGGGAUCAAAAAAAGUUGAAAGCGAUUCAUCUACUGUGAAAAAGGCAAAGAAUGAACCCAAACAAAUGCUGAAUAAGACAGAUACAAAUCUGAAUGAGAUAGAUUUUGUGUGCGCAAAAUUAAAUGAGGAAGGCAAGAAGCACAAUUUAAAGAUUUGUACUUGGAAUGUUUCUGGAAUUAGGGCUGUUAUUAAAAAAAAUGGAAUGGAUUAUAUUAUCAAAGAAGAUGCAGAUAUAGUUGCUCUACAAGAAACAAAAUGCGACAAAGAUAAAUUACCAGAUGAAGUCAAAUUGUCAGGAUAUCAUCAUUAUUUUAUGGACAGUAAAAAGCCAGGUUAUAGUGGAGUUGCUUUGUUUUGUAAAGAAGAGCCUAUUUCUGUAAAAUAUGGCUUAAACAAUUCUGAUUUUGACAGCGAAGGUAGAAUGAUCACAGCAGAAUUCCCAGAAUUUUUUAUGAUCAAUGUUUAUGUGCCAAAUGCUGGACAAAAGUUGGUGACAUUACCAAAAAGAUUGGAAUGGAACAAGACAUUUAAGAAAUUUGUUGAGGAAUUAGAUAAAAAAAAACCUGUUAUUAUAUGCGGUGAUAUGAAUGUGGCUCAUCAAGAAAUAGAUUUAAAGAAUCCUAAAACAAAUACUAAGAAUGCUGGAUUUACAAAGGAAGAACGAGACGAUAUGACCGACUUUUUAUCUGCUGGGUUUAUAGAUACAUUUAGAUUAUUGUAUCCCGACAAAGAAGGUGCAUAUACAUUUUGGUCAUAUUUCGCUAAUGCACGUGGCAAGGACAUUGGAUGGCGAUUGGAUUAUUUCCUGGCAUCAGAACGAAUAAAAAAUAAAGUAUGCGACAAUGUUAUAAGGAAACAAGUUUAUGGCAGUGAUCAUUGUCCUGUAAUACUUUAUAUUAAUUUGUAAUAAAUUUUAUAUAUUUCGUG